AUGUGUUGCAAAAAAGACAAUUUUGUAACUAGACCUUGCCAUGACAACGCCCCCUCUGUUCACGCCCCCUUCAACGCCUCCUCCCACGCCCCCUUCAACGCCUCCUCCCACGCCCCCUUCAACGCCUCCUCCCACGCCCCCUUCAACGCCUCCUCCCACGCCCCCUUCAACGCCUCCUCCCAUGCCCCCUUCAACGCCUCCUCCCACGCCCCCUUCAACGCCUCUUCCCACGCCCCCUUCAACGCCUCCUCCCACGCCUUUGCCCACGCCCCUUUCCCCACUUCUGCCCACGCUCCUCGCCCCGCCCACAGCGGAUUAAGGUAA